AUGUCUGAACAUCCAUCCUGUGAAAGCAGUUCAGCUAAAGAUUCGACCAAGAAAUCACAACAAAAGUCAAAAAUCGCUUAUUGUACAACAUCGUCAACAACGUUAAGCGUAAAAGAAAUCAGUAAAGUAACAGAUCUGGAAGCACGUUGGGUAUGUCUAGACGUUCGACCAACUGUGACUGCUGAAGAUGAAGAGUUGCGAAUGUUAAUUCAAGAGUGUAUAGCAUGA